AUGUCAAAACAACAAAGCGCCUACGGCACAGCUGCCGGCGAUACCUCCUUCCGCAAGACCUGGGACCGCGCCGAAUAUGCCGAAAAGGCCGCAGAACGUGAUGCCGCCCGCCGCGAAGAAGGGCGCGAAAGGUACGAAGCCAAACUGGCAGGCAAGAAAUAUCACAAGCGCGCGGCAACACCCCCAGAUGCCAAAGACACAGUUGCACGCGCAACACGUUUGGAUUUCGGGAGUAUGGUCGGCAAGACUCAGAUUAUUAGUGCUGGAGCAGCGGUUGGGAAGAGGGGCAGAGGAGCUGGCUUCUAUUGUGAGGCGUGUGAUCUGACAUUCAAGGAUAACAUUCAGUGGGUGGAGCAUCAAAAUAGCCGGCAGCAUCUAGUCGCCGUGGGCGAGACUGGGGAUGUGAGGGAGGCAACUGUAGAGGAGGUGAGGGAAAGACUGAGGUGGUUGAAGAGGAAGAAGGAGGAGGAAGCAGAGGAGGGAGUUGUGGAUUUGGGUAUCAGGCUGGAGGUUGCGGAGCAGAGAGAGAGAGAGGAGAGGGAGGAGAAGAGGAGGAAGCGGAAUGAGAGGAGAAGAAAGGGACUGCCGGGUGGGAAGGAGAAAGUUGAGGAUGAUGCAGAUAAUGGGAUUAUAUGCUGA